AUUGUAUUACUUUUCUAGAUAUUUUCUGAAAAUUGUCGGCAUUUUUUAUCAUUCGCAAUUAUAAAAAUUUGUGGAAUAUAACACGACCUUCAUUUUGAAGCUCAAUGAAAAAUUAAAGCAACCCUUUGUUUAUGUGACGUCGAAAGAAAAAUGCAAAAUGUUUUUUGUUAACUUUAAUGAGCCAAAAGAUUAGUUGUGUUUGUGCAAGUUAAACACCGGUAUUUCCACAAUGUCAACUAAAGUCUUCACGACAGUUUGGGUAAUAACGGCAUGUUUAGGAGUUUUGAAAAAUGUGCAUUGCCGAAAAUCGGAUGAUAACUCCUACAAAAACUAUUUAUUCAGCUGGGACGCUGGUGAAUGCGCGCUAUAUCAUAAAUUAUGUUCUCACUUAGACGAUCAUUUCGCUUUGCUGACAUGUUCAUUACAUUCGUCCUAUGAUAAGACCCAAAUACCACCAAGUUGUCAGCACAAGUUAUGGGUUCAGCUGUCAUACUUAAUCAACAACUCAUUCUUGUUUCAUACACUAAAAGACCCAUGUCAAGAAGAUACAGAAAUAUCGAGUUGUUUUGAUCCUAAUGUCUUAACUGUAGAUUGUAUAUUAAAAAAGAAGCCUAGUGCGACAGUGAAAGUUUGCUGGAGAAUGAUAAAUAAAAUAGAAUCUCUAUUAUUUAAUGACUGGCAAAUUACUACAAACUUCAUUUCUAAAUGUUUUGAUGAUGUAAAUACUCAUACUUGUGGUAAAAUUCCACCUGAUCCUAAGAGUCUUUCGCAAACAGAGACAUUGAAAUGUCUUCAAAAUUAUGAACAAUAUGUCACUGCAGAUUGUAAAGCAGAGAUCACUGUACUAUAUGAAAUGAGAUACAGUAAUUUACAGUUAGAUAAAAUUGUAUUUGCUGCCUGUAAUGUAGAACAAAAUAGUUUCUGUCGUGAUGAAAUACCAGGAUCAUGGUUAAUGUAUAAAUGUCUCCUGAGACAUAAGUAUGAAAAUGGGGUUCGUAAAAAAUGUCAAGAUCAGCUCUUCUAUGAUCAAAAAAAUAUAGCCAUGAAUUAUAAAAUGAGUCGAGGCUUAGUAAAGGCAUGCAGAGAAGACAUUAGAAAGUUUCAUUGUCGAAAAGGCAUUGUUGAAGACAAAGAUGUGAGAUUAGCACAAAUUUUACUCUGCUUAGAGAGUAACAUACAAAAUGAUACGAAAAGCAUUUCAUCUGAGUGUACAGCGGAAAUGAUUGAUCAUAGAAAAAUGUUGAUGGAAGAUUAUAGACUGUCACCAGAGUUGAUGCAGAAUUGUGCCAAUGACAUUACUAUGCUAUGUAGAGGAAUUGAAGCUGGUGGUAAAACUAUUCACUGCUUAAUGGACCAUGCAAGACCUAGGAGAAGAAAAGACAGAAGAAUAAGUUUAGAAUGUCAGAAGUCAUUGGAAAUGUUAGUACAGGAAACAAAUCCAGGUGAAGAUUGGAGAGUUGAUCCUGUUUUAAGGGCAGCCUGUAAACCUGUUGUAGAUAAAGCAUGUGGAGAAAUAGCUGGUGGUAAUGGCAGAGUCAUGUCAUGUCUAAUGGAAAAAAUUCAUACAAAAGCAAUGACUGAUGAAUGUGAGGUGGCAUUAUUGCAAAUACAGUACUUCAUAUCAAGAGACUUUAAGCUUGAUCCUCAGUUAUAUAAAGCUUGUAAGUAUGAUGCUGUUACUACUUGCAAGGCUAAGUUACAAUGGGCUGAUGCUAGUGAACAUCAUUCUGAAAAAGAUCCUUUAAUAUUUCCAUGCUUAUAUAAUUAUGCUUACAACUCUGAAUUGAGAGGCAGAUUGCGACUAGCCUGUGAGGAACAAGUGAAGAGGGUAAUGAGGCAGAGAGCAUCAAGUGUUGAUUUAAUGCCACAAAUUGAGGACUUUUGCAUGGAUGACUUAGCCAAUUUUUGUCUUGAGAAUACUGGAAAAGGGGAAGAAAUUUUAUGUUUACAAAGUAAAAUUAAAGAGCUUUCUCCAAAGUGUAAAGAUAUUGUGUCUAAUUUCACUGAAACUCAAAGUGGACACAUAGAACUAAAUGCAGUUAUCAAUACAAACUGUCGAGGUAUUACUGAAAAACUAUGUGCAUCUGAACUACAAAGUAAAAAAGAAGAAGAUGAUGUUCUCGAGUGCCUAAUACUUCAUAAAAAUCAUCCAGAUGUAAAAGCUAAUGUGAAAUGCAGAGCUGCCAUUGAACACGAACAAUUGAUCUCAUUAAAGAAUUAUAGAUUCACAACCAAGUUUAAGAAUGCUUGUAAAUAUAAUGUUGACAGAUUUUGUCCCAAAGCACAAACAAAAAACCAAGUUGUAUCAUGUUUGAGCGAGAUAGUAAGAAAUGAUACAAUUAACAGACGUAAACAUACAAUAGUCAAGGAGUGUCGACAACAGCUAAGAAGUCAAUUAUUCCAACAAAAGGAAAAUAUAGAUUUAGACCCGGAUCUGAAAGAAGCUUGUAAAAAAGACCUUGAAAUAUUAUGCCCUUCUAUUACACAUGGUGAGGCUGCAGCCUUAGAGUGCCUUCAGACAUCCAAAGGAAAAUUGAGUCAAAAAUGUAGGAAGGUAUUGUUUGUAGUGAAGAAACAAGAAUUUACAGACAGCGGAAUUGAUUACCAUUUGAUAAAAACAUGCAAUGACAUGAUAGAUAAAUUCUGCCACAACACAGAACCCUCAAAGAUUUUUGACUGUUUGAAAACACAUCAUCAGAGCCUUGAUUUCGAGAAAAAUUGUAAAGUUGUUGUGGUGAACCGAAUGAUAGAACAGAAUACAGAUUACAGAUUUAACAUAAAUUUGGUCAAUUCAUGUAAAUCUGAUAUUAAUGCACAUUGCAGUGAAAUAUUAGCUAAUGAACCUCAAGAUGUAGAACUACAAGGAAAAGUAUUGUAUUGCCUAAAAGAAAAGUUUAGGGAAUCAAAAUUAACGACAGAUUGUGAAAAUGAAGUGGCUAAUAUUUUGAAGGAGCAGGCAUUGAAUUAUCGUCUUGAUCCGUUGCUUGAGAAGCUGUGUCAAGCUGAAAUUCAAACGAUAUGUUCUGUGCAAAACGAUAUCACUAUUUCGGAUGGACAGGUGGAGGAAUGCCUCAAGAAUGCCUUAUUAAAAGACAAAAUCGUAUCAGCCGAAUGCUCCCGUGAAAUAGCUAAGUUGAUAGAACAAACCGAAGUCGACAUCGAGGCUGAUCCGUUGUUAGAAAGAGCCUGUGCUUUCGAUCUGUUGAAGUAUUGUAAAGAUCUAGAACAUGGUGCUGGGAGACGUCUGAAAUGUUUAAAAAUUAUAUCAAAUGAUGGAACACGGAAGUUGGAGGCAGCAUGUGAAAAGGAACUCACAAGUAGAUUAGAAAUGUAUAGAUUUGUAGCAGCUAAAUUUGAAACACUGGGAGAUGUUUAUCAUAGCAUAUCAUCAUCACCAUCAAAAAAAUAUUUCUUAGUUGUAGGUAUUUCGAUUGUAGGCAUAAUUUUUAUAUUUGGUCUGUACUGUGGACAUGUUACUAAAAAAGCUAUGUAUGUUAAGCAAAAAUAAUAAAUGAACUAUUGC